AUGGGAACUUCAGCAAGAAUUGUAAUACAGCAGUGUCUUGCUGCUACUUUACGUCUUAACCCAGAGUCAGAAGUCAGUGAAGCUGAGUAUGCGAAGAUUAAACAGGGAAUGGUUGUAUUUGUGUGUUUCCUCAAAGGUGCCAAUAGAGAACUAGUAGAAAAGAUGGUCAAACAAGUUCUUGGUAUCAAGCUGUGUGAAGGAAAAGAUGGAAAACUAACCUCUAUCACAGACCUUCCAGGAGAUUUACUAAUCAUCCCUCAAGCUUGUCUUGGUGGUAAACUGAAAGGAAAGUCUGUCCAGUACCACUCUAUCAUAAAUAAGACUGAUGGCAGUGACCUCUAUAGGACUUUUGUUGAACUAUGCACAGACUCUUUUCAACAGACCAGUGCCAUGCAGGAGGCAGGGUGUGUAGUAAAAAGUGGAGUGUAUGGAAAUAGACAGGUGCUAAAUAUGGAAACUAAUGGACCUUUUACACAUAUUGUUGACUUUUAAAUAAAACUUCAGUUAUGAGUUAUUUUUGUUUUUAAUAUUUUCUCUUUCAUAUAUUAUAUGCAAAGAAUAUUGUCCUACCAAGUAAUACAAUGUACUUAAUAAAAGUUAUUGUCAUCAUGAAUCAAACACAACCAGUGUGAUGUAAAGGUCUGUGUUUGCGGAAUGUUGCAACCUUCAUCUGAUGACGUCUGGGUUUAUAAUACAACACCUGGAAUACUUGUCUUCAUAAUCAGACAUUUUUUAUAACUUUACAUGCAGGCCGUGUAAAAGCGUUUGUUGUCACAGACAACUAGGACAAGGAGACAUGGAUUCCAUUUGUUAGUAUUUGGACUUGUUCUGUUGGUUUUUCUCUUACCCAGGGGCAGAUCCAGAGAUAUUUUCUGACAGUCUUCCAAAUUAUCUUUGUUGAUCUAUCCUCCAUUUUUGACAGUCUUCCAACAGAAAUAAAUUGGAUACCUGUCAAUGUAAAUCAAUCUGCCCAUGUUACCUGUGGCCACAUAGGAGUCACCCUGUUAAAGGUGGCAGAUAUUGUAUCCAGUGGUGUUGAGGAAGACAUUACCAGGGGCGGAUUGAGGCUGUCUUCUGGGUCUUCUGGAAGACGGUCAGAAUUUCAAGUUUACA